AUGGAGGCGAGUGAUAUGGAACCAAUAAUUAUCGCUGAAAAUGUGUUACUCGAAGCCUACAUCAAGUUUUGUAAAACUAAGCAAAAGCUUCCUGUCAGCAUUCAUUUUGUCGAUGGAAAAGUCAUAGCUUAUGAAGUGCUUCUCUCGAACCAUGCAAAGGUAGCGUACCGAGUCGCUUACUUGGUGGAGAACUGGAACAAUCGAUUAAUUGGCAUGACUGGAAAGGAUCUUAUUGUAUCUCAAAAUACUCCAGCUGGCCAGCAACCUAACUCAGAUGGGAGAGCAUACCCAAUAAUGGUUGUUGAAGUUGGCAACAGCGAAUCUCUUUCUAGUUUACAUAGCCCUUCGACAUAUUAUUUUUCUCCACAAACGACUAUUCAAAUUUAUCUUGUAAUCAAACUGUUUCCCAUUCGUCAGGACGAUACAAGGGUAAUGCUUGCACUGCGCUACCUAUGUACAAACCAAAAUCAAAUGGUGCCAGACGUUGUAAUAUCUUUUGGCACGGUGCCUCUCCAUGGUAAUACAAUGGAUUUUCUUUUAAAUAAUGUGGGCGUUCCAUCUGUUAACAUUACUGGUGUAGGGUUUACAGCAACUACUUGCAAUGCUCCUGGUAUUCCAAAUUAUCAAUUACAUAUUCCUGCUGUUGAACUUUUCAACGGUUCUCCUAGUGGCGUCCCUGCUAGAGCAAUUAAUGGAUUUUAUUUGGACUUAUGGGAAUUACAAAAUCUCAAGAAUGAAAUUGUAAAAUUAAAACGAGCUGUUGAGAAUAUUGAAAAGCAAAAUCGAACAGUUACUAACGAUUUAACCCCACAAGGCCUGCUUUCGCAGAAAUCUUCGGAAUAUUCCACUCCGUUACCUAACGAGAGUUGCUCAAAUGGCGAAAAUGCGCAGAUUAAAGAUUCUUCAACUCACCACGAAGCGGAUCAAUUCAUGACUAGCACUGACUUAGUAACUUCAGAACAGGUAGUUAACACAAUUUCCAAUACAUCUAACCUUAAUGAAACUGCUCCGGAAAAUCCAAAUCAUUAG